UAAAGUGUGACGCGCCGCGCCGCCAUUGGUCGAACCGCGCACGUGUCCGUGAGCCGUCCCGCAGCGCUUCCGGGGAGACCUGGACAUAACUGCCCCGUGAAGGGGGAAUAAAGUCCCGGUCCAUGAACGCUGAAGGCAGUUAACACCUUGAUGGUAGUUACAUUAAAGUAACGGACGGUUCAGGUUUUACGCCCUCGUAGAAGCGGGACGGUUGGAACAGGGAGCAGCUCGCUGCUCGGACGCAGGUGGAGCGGGGUUUGCCCCGGGGCAGAUGUGGAGCAGACUGCUGGGUCCUGGUGUGGUCAGACUGCUGGGUCCUGGUGUGGUCACAGCUCUGGGUCCUGGUGUGGUCACAGCUCUGGGCGUGAGGACACUCUUCACCAUGAGGCUCAAGACCCGAGACUUCAAGGCUCUGUUCACGGACGGACUGAACGGACUCGCAGAGGUGUUUGAGAAGCACCAGCAUGAGCUGCGGAUAGCUGGGGGUGCAGUGCGGGAUUUGCUGUCGGGGAAGAGACCCGAGGACGUGGACUUCGCCACCACAGCCACUCCAGAGGAGAUGAAGAACAUGUUUCAAACUGCAGGGAUCCGGAUGAUCAACAAUAAAGGAGAGAAGCAUGGAACCAUUACAGCGCGGCUCGACAAUCAGAACUUUGAGGUGACAACGUUACGAGUGGAUGUCCAGACAGACGGACGACACGCUGAGGUGGAGUUCACCACCGACUGGCAGAAAGACGCUGAGCGCAGAGACCUCACCAUCAACUCCAUGUUUUUAGGGCUUGAUGGCACGUUAUACGACUAUUUUAAGGGCUAUGAAGACCUGCAGAACCGUAAGGUGCGAUUUGUUGGAAGUUCUGAACAAAGGAUACAGGAGGACUACCUACGAAUACUGCGCUAUUUCAGGUUUUAUGGCAGGGUGGCUUUGAAGCCCGGCGAGCACGAUCCGGAGACGCUGACCGCUAUCAGGGAAAACGGCAAAGGUUUGGCUGCGAUAUCAGGAGAGAGGAUUUGGGUGGAGCUGAAGAAAAUGGUUGUGGGUAACCAUGCUGCCCAUCUGCUGGAGCUCAUCUACAGCCUGGAGCUGGCCCAGUACAUCGGUUUGCCUCCAGAUGGCGACGUGGAGGAGAUGAAGCGAGUGUGGCAACAUGCCAAGGAGCACUCUCCCAAACCGAUGACCGUCGUGGCUGCUCUGUUCCGCUGCCCGGAGGAGGUGGACAGGAUGGACCUCCGGCUGAAAGUGUCUCGAGAAGAGAAGACCCUGGUUCAGUUCCUGCUCAAACACAGGCGGGAGCUGUGCAGGGGGGACGGGGAGCCGGACGGACUCAGACCUUUCACAGACUUCAUCAUCGACAAUCGGGAGCUGGACUCUCACAGUAAGGUGUGUGAGCUGCUCAAGUAUCAAGGGGAGGAGAAGCUGCUCCAGGAGCUGCUUCGGUGGUCCAUCCCUCACUUCCCCAUCAAUGGCCAUGACAUCAGGAAGAUGGGAAUCUCCUCAGGAAAGGACAUUGGUGCCGCGCUUCAGAAGCUCCGCGACAUCUGGAAGAAGAGCCGCUACCAGAUGGACAAAGAUGAACUCCUCAGUCACGUGAAGGCGCCGUAAACGACAGGAACAACGGAGGAACGGAGCGGCAGGCUGGAACAUGUUCCUGAGUCAUAUUUAUGAUUUUUCUUUUCACAAUAAAAAGAAAAAAAAAAACAUUUACUCUGGGAA